AUGACAGGCACUGUAAUUAUGGCGCUCAUCGCCGUGGCCAACGGCUCGGAGGACAUCGAAUUUGUGACUGUGGUCGACGUUUUACGGCGCGCCGGAGUCAACGUUACCGUUGCAUCCGUCCACAAGGAAAAGGCAGUUACUCUGGCCCAUGGAACAAAGGUCACUGCCGACGCUCUGAUCGACGACGUUGCCAACAAAACCUUCGACCUUAUCGUCGUUCCGGGAGGAUUGCCGGGUUCCACGUACUGCGCCGAGUCCGCGACACUCAUUAAGAUGCUGAACGAACAAAAAAGUGCCAACAGGUACUACGGCGCUAUAUGCGCGGCACCUGCUGUCGUUCUCGCGGCGGGCGGAAUCCUAGACAAGGAAACCGCCGCCGUGGCCUACCCUGGAUUCGAGGAUGCGCUUCCCAAGGUUGGAACUGGCCGUGUGUGCGUGUCAAACAGAUGCGUCACGUCCAAGGGACCAGGGACUGCCAUGGAGUUCGCCCUCAAACUUGUGGAGGUGCUUUGCGGGUCGCAGAAGAUGAACCAGCUCAAGAAUGGGAUGCUUGUCCAGGCCGACCUAUGA